UUAAUGGAUGGAUCAAAUGAGUCUGUGGUGUAUGAGUUUGUUUUGUUGGGACUCACAAGUUCUCAGGAGAUGCGAGUUUUUCUCUUUCUGUUCUUCUCAGUGUUUUAUGUGGCGAGCAUGCUAGGAAACCUCCUCAUUGUACUGACAGUUAUCGCUGAUGCUCGAUUACACUCACCCAUGUACUUUCUGCUGGCUAACCUCUCUUUCAUUGACACAUGUGUUUGCAGUAUUGCAACCCCUAAGAUGAUUUCUGAUCUCUUCAGAAAAUACAAAGUCAUCUCUCGGAAUGGCUGCACUACCCAGAUGUUCUUUAUUCACACAGUUGGAGAUACUGAGAUGGUGCUACUUGUAGUUAUGGCCUUUGAUCGAUACAUUGCAAUAUGUAAACCUCUUCACUACCUGACCAUUAUGAGCCUGAGAAGGUGCAUCUUGCUUUUGAUGGUGUCUUGGAUUAUUGGCUUUAUACAUUCUAUGAUGCAAUUGGCUUUUGUUGUAAACUUACCUUUCUGUGGCCCUAAUAAAGUAGAUAGUUUUUAUUGUGAUUUCCCUAGGUUCAUCCAGCUUGCUUGCAUGGAUACCUAUAGACUGGAGUUCUUGGUCACUGCUAACAGUGGCUUCAUUUCCAUGGGCACUUUUUUCAUAUUGAUUAUUUCUUACAUCUUCAUCCUGGUCACUGUUCGUAAACAUUCUUCAGGUGGUUCAACCAAAGCCCUCUCCACCCUGUCAGCUCACAUUACAGUAGUGAUCUUUUUCUUUGGUCCAUGCAUCAUUGUCUAUGUAUGGCCAUUCCCCACAUUGCCAAUAGAUAAGUUUCUUGCCAUCUUUGAUACACUUAUCACCCCUUUUAUGAAUCCUGUCAUCUACACAUUCAGGAAUAAAGAGAUGAAGGUAGCAAUGAGGAAGCUGUUCAGUAAUAUAAGUUCUAGGAAGUUGUCUUAA